AACAAAGAAGCGCUGAACGCAAAAUAGGUUAGCAACCUGAGGUUAGUGAACAUGUUUAGCUCAGCUAACGUUAGCUUGCUUCUUACUUUAACUACGACCUACCGAAGGUCAACCCCGACUGUCGUUUGUUAUGAAAAGGCCACUACUGAGAACAAGAAGCUGAGCCAUGCUGGAUCCAAGCCCUCCCUCUCCGAGAGCAGCGGCCGACUCCCUCAGAUAGCCAUGAACACCUGCAAGUACAAUGGCGGAGUGGUAAGACCACUAGUGGGCAGCCUGGCGUCCUCGUCGCGCCGCAACCUCGCGGAGCUCGACUCGGAGACGCAGCCCUUGCAGACGCUGCACAGCUCUGGCCUGGAAGUGGUGGUGUCCAAGGGCAACGGCGGCGAAGACCCCAGCAAGGCGUCCAACGAGAGCUUGGUCAGGGAGGGCAGCGGGCAUGGCGGAAGCAGGGCGCCGCAGAAGAAGAACAGGGACAUUGGCUACAAGCUCGGCCACCGGAGGGCACUGUUUGAGAAGCGGAAGCGGCUCAGCGACUACGCACUCAUCUUCGGGAUGUUUGGGAUUGUUGUCAUGGUGACAGAGACGGAACUGUCAUGGGGGGUUUACACUAAGGAAUCUUCAUACUCAUUUGCACUGAAAUGCCUUAUCAGCCUUUCCACUGUUAUAUUGCUUGGUCUUAUAAUAAUGUACCAUGCCCGGGAAAUCCAGCUGUUUAUGGUUGACAAUGGUGCGGACGAUUGGAGGAUAGCCAUGACGUAUGAGCGUAUCUUCUUCAUCGUGCUGGAGCUGUUGGUGUGUGCCAUCCAUCCCAUCCCGGGCCAGUACGUCUUCACAUGGACGGCGCGGCUGGCCUUUACCUACACUCCGUCGGUGGCCGAUGCCGACGUGGACAUCAUCCUCUCCAUCCCCAUGUUCCUGAGACUCUACCUGAUAGGCAGGGUCAUGUUACUCCACAGCAAGCUGUUUACGGACGCUUCGUCUCGCAGCAUCGGUGCCCUCAACAAGAUCAACUUCAACACACGCUUUGUCAUGAAGACCCUCAUGACCAUCUGUCCAGGAACUGUUCUGCUGGUGUUCAGUAUAUCCUCCUGGAUCAUUGCUGCAUGGACUGUGCGCGUCUGUGAGAGGUAUCAUGACAAACAGGAAGUGACCAGUAACUUCCUGGGAGCCAUGUGGCUCAUCUCGAUUACCUUCCUCUCGAUUGGCUACGGGGACAUGGUACCACACACGUACUGUGGGAAAGGCGUGUGUCUGCUUACAGGGAUUAUGGGGGCUGGUUGCACUGCACUGGUGGUUGCAGUGGUAGCCAGGAAGCUGGAGCUUACCAAGGCUGAGAAGCAUGUCCACAAUUUCAUGAUGGACACACAACUCUGCAAACGAGUAAAGAACACAGCUGCCAAUGUACUCAGGGAAACAUGGCUCAUCUACAAACACACUAAGUUGGUCAAGAAGAUUGAUCAUGCCAAGGUGCGGAAACACCAGCGCAAGUUUCUCCAAGCCAUUCACCAACUGCGCAGUGUGAAGAUGGAGCAGAGGAAACUCAAUGAUCAGGCCAACACCUUGGUGGACCUAGCGAAGACCCAGAAUGUGAUGUAUGACCUGGUGUCAGAGCUGCAGGAGCGCAGUGAGGAGCUGGACAAGCGCAUCGGCACAUUGGAGGACAAGCUGGACUCGGUGACGGGCAGCCUGCAGGCGCUGCCCUGCCUCAUCUCCCAAGCCAUAACCCAGCAGCAGCAGGACUUCCUGGACGGCUUUGUUCACCGCUUUCGACCCGCCUCACUAGCCUCAGAGCGCUCUGAACGCUCUGAGCGAUCCUGGACUUCCACCGCCCGUAGGCGGCGCUCUCCCUCCACAGCACCACACACCUCCUCUGAUAGCGGAUAACCUUGACAAACCUUCUGCAAUCACCAUCGAGCCUCACCUUUCCCAAACUAACUCAUCACCUCAUUCUGUCCCAUCCAAAGCCAUCCCUGUAACCGCUGGCGAGUCCAACGUCUGGACUAAUAAUGAACCCAUAUCUUCACCCCGGCCUGAUCCUUGCCCUUAUUCUCGCUCUCCCUUCCACCCAUUCCCUCUCCCUUUCCUCCCCACCCAUCAAAUCCAAAAACCAAUUCCUCUGUGACUGAGCCUCUCAGCACAGGACUGGAUCAGAGCUACUCCAAAAGAACAAAGAAAAGCAAACAGACUUAAAUCAAGAAAAACACAAAUGCAUCUGAAAAAAGAAAAAGAGAAAAAAAAUUAAAAAUGACUGAAAAACCGAGAUAAAGUAGAGAUAUGGUUUAUGUUUUAGCCAUUGUAUGGCUGUUCAAGUUAGCUUUUUUGUAAAAGCCCUUGUAUAGUUAAAAAAUGACUGAGUUCAGGGUCGCUGGGGUGAGAGCUGGCUAUCACACCGGAGAGUCCUUAACCAAGAGGGGGGAAGUUGGUCUGUGGAGCUGAGGGCCUUGGCUCACCUGCUGGCCCUCUGAGGCCAUGGAGGACAUCUGUCCACCCAUCCGUCCGUCUAUCUGUUUAUACGGUGAGGAGAGCGAGACAAACCAUUGGAUUUCCCUUUCAAAAGACUAGUGUCAUGGAUUCUUUCCCAUAGGUUAGAGUGAAAGCUUUAGAGGAGGCUAUGAUAGCUCUGACUUCAGGUCAGUGUUUGAAAGGGGGAGGAGAAACUGUCACACAAAAGAAGAGCAAAGGGGAUACAUAUGGAAUUACUACUGGGUAGGAAAAAUUUACACAGUUGCCAACUUCAAGGUUUCAGCUUCCUUGUUCUUACCAAGGGAAAAUGAGAGCGACUAUCUUUUUUAGUUACAUAUUGACAUGUGAUUUUUCAGUGCCUGAAUGUAUAAAUAGUAGAGGGUUAUUUAAUUACUAAUUUCAGAGCUUUUUUACGAUGUUAACAGUCUGAAUACAGCAUUGCAUUCCUUUUUCAGAUACAUUCCUCUCCAAAACUUUAAAGAAAAUGUCUUAAUGUAAUGCAUAACAUUGCCUCCAUUACACAGCAACUCUAAAUGUUUUGAAAACCUUUUUUCCCCCCUAUUUCUACUAACACCAUGAGAAAUGAAAAAGUUCAGAGAGUAAGCGAAAGUGAGACAGACUGAGAGAAUAUUUGUGACUGUGUUUGUUAGAGAACAUGUUCACUUUUAACUCAAUGCUGCACAGUCAUACACAUAACAAUGAAAUAUGUAGUAGUCUACCUUUCUCACCACUACCAAUUAGAGCUUCCUGUGGUCUUCAGAUAAUGGCAUGGCUUGAGGUCUGCUGGUAUAUACGGACCCACAGGCGCACAUCAUUGGUCGAACUAGGAAACCAACUCUGCCCCUUUGCAUGGUUUAGUGCAAAAAUAACAAUGGAACACAAUCUUCCGUGGAUGGCUUGAUGAUUUAGAUUUUAGUUUACUUUUGUUUGUUUGUUGCCUCUAUUUCUUUUAUCAUUUUUUACUAAAAGUUCCCUUUUUUUACUAGGAUACCUAGGGUUUGUAGAGUUGCAGAACCUAGAGAGUUGCAGUAAUGUGAUUCUGUAAUGCAUUCCCUGUUAAAAAUAUGAGAUGAAGACAAAGUGCUAAUACAAAAGAAUCCUGAAAGGAUACAAAUAAAAGUGCUGAAGAAACUUUGAUGAAUUGGUCCCUCUGCAAUUUUAAAAGAAUAGCUCGUCAUUUUGAGAAAUACACUUAAGCACUUUCUAGCCAAGAGUUAGAUACGAAGAUUGAUACCACAUUCGUCUCUCUAGUGUAAAUGUGAAGCGACUGCUACCAGACGGUUGGCUACCCUGAGCAUAAAGACUGGUAGCACUGGGAAUAGCUAGCCUGGCUCAGUCAGUCAGCGGAUUGCAGAGCCAAGCUAGCUGUUUCCCCAUUUUUUCAUUAUAACAAGAUAAGCUUAGUGGCUGCUAGCGGUAGCUUUAUAUUUACCAUACAGACAGGAGAGUGGUGUCAAUCUUCUCAUGUAACUCUCAGUAAGAAAGUGAAUAAGUGCAUUUCCCCAAAUUGUCUAUCAUAUGCUUUUCCUUUAACGUUACAGCAUCAAGACCGUGUUUUGUCUUUCUAAAAGACACUGAAACACAUUCACUAUGAUAAAAGGAGAAAUUACAAAAUUUUAAAUAUCAAAGGCAUGGUAUAUAAAGCAUCCUAAAGUUGUGCUGAGAUUUUUUUUUAUGUGAAGAGAAAUCUUUAGGAUUUUACAGUACAUUUAAAAGGCAGAUCAGGAAGUCAGCGGGUUAGCGGGCUAGCAUGCUGUCCUAAAGUAGUUUGAAUAGUUAGAUAGUCCCGAAAGGAUGUUAGUGCUAAAAAUCAUCUUUAUGGCCCCUGAAGCUAACAAACAAAUAGGAUCAUUAUUAUUUCCUGGAUCUUAAUUAUUUCCAAGCUUCUUCAGGCUGAAGUCAAACCAAGUCAAACCCUUUGAGACAGCAAUUCCACUCUUCCACUGGCUCUGCACUGGCCAGAGAGCACUUCAUUUAAGAACAUAUUCAGUUUGCUACGAGUGGAACUUAAUCAAGCAUGAAUAUUAGCUUUUUUCCUUUCAACUUGAGUUGAUGAAGCAUGACUCUUUACUGCUCCCACCUCUCUUCACUUCUCUUACAGUGCUACACUCUACCCUUCCAGUAUGAAGGGAUCUAUCAUGCCAUUACAGUCUCUGUUUCAAUCAGUGUUAUCCAAUGAGUCAGGACAGCUAAUGGAAGAUUAUCUGCUCGAUUACGACCUCACCUGCCUGUUCGUAUAUCUAAGGUUUCCACCUCUUCAUUACAUCAGGUUUAGCCUCGCGCUUGCCAUCUGUCAUCAUUAAGAACAUCAGUCCCCCACACACAAAGAGGAUUCCCAACUGGCCCGUAGCAAAGUCCUUUGAGUGGUUUGAAUGUAAAUAACAGAUAGAAAGGAAGAAGCAGGGGAACUGACAGGUCAUGUUCUAUGUUGCACUCACUGUGUAAUGAUCAUUUGCAUUUACACAGAUGCUGGAGUGUUUUCCCCAGAGAGAUGUGAGGGUACGAGUGUUAAGGACAAGAGGGACAGAGUAGAUUUUAAAAAAGGGGAAAGCUGAGAGCAAUAGCUCAUUUACUGACAGAUGUCCGUUUUGGCCCAGGGGUGUUGUAAACAGCAAGAGUGGGUGUCCUGUAAAUAUGACCUCAUUGUAGAUGUCGCUAAGUAAACGGGACAAAUGGUGAACCGCAGGAGUUUAGGUAACUGGGUGCAAUGCACAAUAUGUUGCAAGUAUGCAGUAGAAAAACAAUAUCUAUAAAGGACAUGAUGGGUUUGAAACUCUGGUUAAUUAAAGGUAACAUUUCUAUUGUUUUCACACUUUAUUUCUGCUGAUGGCGGUAUGAUCAGGUUCUGUUGUUUUUGACCCUGUUGUAAAGGUUUGUUUUCUUCAGUCCUCAUACUUACUAACAAAGUCCUGCCAAAACACCAUUCCAAUAUUUGAUAGUGACACGAUUUUCUCCACCAGACAAUAAAAAAUAUGCAGUAUUUUGUAGAAGUGAGGGACAUUCAUGACGUUAUUCUGAUGAUGAUAGAUCAGUCAAAGUGAUAAACGCAUCCCAGAGUCUUUUAUUAUCCUGAAAAGUAGGCUUUCCUCCUAGAGCAGGAAUCAGACCACACUUCUACUGAACAAUAACAGUGAAAACCCCGAAAAAGUGAAGAAAUGUAACCCAAUCAUUGUUCUGUGUACACUGCCACAUGAUGCAUAAUGUACGUAGUAGCACUGGAAUAAAUCAACUUUUAAUGGAUGGCAAAUGGAUUUAACAUGUUCUCUGUACUGUUGGCUGUUCCUUCAUUUUGCAGGUGAACUUUUGUCCUAGCAAGGAGAGACACCAAGGUCAAGAUCAUUAAAGACUAUCUUCAGCUAUGA